AUGGGGGUCAGGGCUCUGGCCAACCUGGGCGUGGUGCUGAGCGAGCAGGGCAGGCUGAGGGAGGCGGAGACAGCAUAUCGCGGGGCACUCGACCACGCCCCCACCAUGGCUGACACCCACUUCAAUCUCGGACUGCUCCUGGCGUCGACUGGCCGGCUGGAGGAGGCCAUGGCCAGCUACAAGGCGGCGCUGCGGUGUCGUCCGUGGCUGGCCCAGGCGCACCUCGAGCUGGCCCAGUCGCUCCAGCAGAUGGAACGACACGACGAGGCUAUCAGGGUGCUGGAGCUGUGCCGCGGGACGGGCUCGGCGCCGGCGAGGGACGGCUGGACGCACGCCUGGGCCGUCACCACGUGUCGCCAGCGCCUCGCCCGCGCCCACAUCGUCGGCGGACGCCCUCACGCCGCCCUCGAGGAGAUCGCCGUGGCCCUCGGCAGCGCCCCCGACGGGUACGGCGUCCACGCCCUGCACACGCUGGCGGCAGAAGCUCACCUGGAGGCCGGGGAACACGCCGAGGCCCAGGCCGCCCUCUCGCGCGCCCUCACCGCCCACCCGCACCACGUGCCCGCCCACCUCGCCUUCUCCAGGAUGCUGCAGGCCAAUGGAAGCAGGGUGGAGGAAGCCGAACAGUGGCUCCGGAGGGCAGUGGCUCUGGCUCCUAACGAUCCACACGCACACAAGCAUUUAGGCCAACUGUUGCUGGAAACGGACCGCGUGGAGGAGGCGGUCGGGGCGUGGCUGCGGGCGGCGCUGCUGGACCCCACGGACCACACGGCCGCCUUCAACGCCGCCACCGCCCUCAGGCUCGCCGGCAGGAACCAGCACGCCGAGACCUUCUACAGGAGGGCGGUGCAGCUCAUGCCGAAGGACGUCGCCAGCCACCGCAACCUGGGCGCCAUCCUGCACCUGAACGGCAAGCUGGACGAGGCCCGCAGGCACUACCACGAGGCGCUGAGUCUGGCCCCGGGCGACCCCCAGACGACCACCAACCUGGAGAGGCUGUCGGCGCUCGUCAGCAAGAAGGGCCUGUCGUAGGGCGUCGCCUGCAGGAGAAACUCAGCUACACAUCGCCGUUCUUGAUGUUCUUGGUGUUCGUUCAGCACUGAUCAUGAACGCAGAGAACUAACCUAAGCCUACAUCGCAUCACAUCCACAUCAAACCGUUCAUGGAGAUGACGAAGAAGAGGGACGAAGGAGAGGCGAGAAAAAAGGGGGAGAAGGAGAAUAUGAAUAAAAGAGAGAAGGAGAAGAAGCAGACGAUGGUGUUUGGAAUUGUCUCGUGCCAGUCUGUGAUGGGCUUGCAGUAUUCUUGUUUUAUAAAGAUAUGUCAACAGUAAAUUGACGAUGGAUGAAAAGUAUUCCAAAGAAACGAGGAACUGUUGGUAACUGAAGAAAGAAAGAGAAAUCGAGAAAGUUUGGAGGCGAAGUUUAGAGAAAGAAAAAUGUCAACACAGUGUAAAAAAAAGAGAAAGAAAAAGAGAGAGAAAUGAACUUCAUGAAAGGGAAUAUAUAUAUAACCAUUUUUCUAUAUCCAAGUUUUAUGAUAAUCUUGAAAUAUCCAUCGAUCUUGAGGACGCUUUAUCAUCACCUUGACCCAUCAUUCUAGAUACACCAUUUAACGAUAGGAGAAAACCAUAUCCUGCUCAACACAUCAUCGUUGACAUACGAGACAAAGAAUUCCACAACCCCCUUCCCCCUAAAAAAAAGAAAAACAACUCAAGUACUUCCAUAUAUAGGAUUACAUCGUACUCGUGUACUACAAUCGUUUAUUUCCCUAAGGUGAUCUUUAAAAAAAAAACAUGCAGGACUAACCUUUUUAUAAAUAGCUCUCCAUGUCCUGCCGUUCUGUUUAUAUCCGUUGGAAUCGGACACAGGAUCCCCCCCCCAUAUUCCCCACCCCCCAACCCCCUUCUCUAUUCGGUGUUUCGAACGGCAGCGAAUCGUGUUUCAUUUUCUCCCCGAACAGUGGUAAUAAAGUCCGUGAUAUAAACAAAGACGAAAGGGUUCGGAUACCACAAGGAAGGGAUUCGAUUCCUCAAACGCGUUCACAUGAUGGUUCGAAACCCACAAAUACAUUAUCUCUCCCUUCUUCGCUGUGACCCCCUCUAUAAUAACCACCUAUACAUCGGUGUUAUGUGUGAUAUUUGUUGACAUUUCCUUCGCUAAUAUUUGCAACAUUAUCAUGAAUUAAUAUCGCUUUCAUCGUGAAUAAGGUACGAAAAUCUAUUAAAUAAAUACCAAAAAAAAAAAAAACAUAUAUAUUAAAAUGGCUUACCUCCCCUGAGAUGACUUUCCUGUUGGUGACUAAGAUUUUUAUGGACUCAUAAAACACGAAACUCCCGGACGAACGAUCGAAACCCAGUGAGAAUAUGAUUAAAUUAACAUAUUAAUGGAUAAGAAAAAUAACUAGCAUAAAAAGCUAGAAUUUAUAUAUAGCUGAUUCACUAUUUCUGCUGUAUUUUUUUUCCAGAACUCAGUGCGAAUAACGACAUGCUAUUGUCGACAUACUAUAUUUUAUUUUCUUUAUCUUCCCAUAUCAUCGGCAAUAGUCCAUUGAACUGACAAUGUUUUAUUAUUAUUAUUAUUAUCUUUUUACAUUCCAUAGACAUCGGUCUGUGAUAUCAUUAGCAAGAGCGGAUCAUUCCAAGAUCAGUUUGGGCAUUUGCUCAGUCCUGAAGUUUCCAUUUCAUUCCCCUGUGCGUGAAUACAUUCCGAAAAUUAGUGACACAAAUUGAGGAAGAAGAGUAGAGACUCGAAAGACAAGUAAUGAAGAAGAAGAACUCUAUGGUUGUAAGAAUUGGUAACAGCUCAUUUCGUCUGUCUCAGUGCUUGUGUGAACUUUGUUUGAUAGCAUUUUUUCCCAUAAUGAAAUGCACUCACUUUAUUCAUAUCAAGGCCUUUUCUUUUAUUUUAUUCGUGUGUGAACGGCCUUGAAUACACGUAACGUUCAUUCUCUUUUUCAUGAAAUUCUUGAUUUUUCACCAUUUUUCAUCUUGAUCUUUUUGUCCUUGGUAUGAAGCAAAAGGGAAACAUAGAUCGAUAAUCAGAGCUGAAUGAUAUACAAAUCAACCCAAAAAAUCCCUCAACCUUCGGGGUAACCAUUCGGUACCUGGUGUAGUUCCUCCUGGUACCUCGAGGGAGUGACACGAGGACUUGGGGGCCUUUUAGAAAUACCCCGCGGCUUCUGGGUGUUUCGUGAAGCCUAGACAAGGAAGCUCGGAGACCUCGGGGUGCCUUCCCUGCCCUCGUUCUUGUAGUACAGCUGUAGUAUCCCAAGGACGUGAACAGAAGGCCACGUGUCAAGGUAGUCCUGGUAGUUAACUAAUCAUGGGAACUGUUGAGACGUGGACAUGAGAACACUACUAAUACUAACAGUAUCAAUAGCUUUAGAAGUUCCAGUAUCCAGAGUCACCCCGCCUGUUUAUAACCCAGAUCCCAUGAUGGAAGAAUUCGAUGUUUUAUUUGUUUAUUCUUUAGAUAUAGCUCUCUCUCUCCCCCACAAGGUUUAGGGUUAACAACAAAAGAUCGGGAUAGGUCGCGGGCUGGUAUCUAUAAAACUCAGCCCAAUCAUAAUGCUGUAUUAUCGAAAUCUAUGUUUACCCUGAAAGAGACAGACGGAACUCGCAUGACCCAGAAAAAAUUGUUAAGAAUGGAAACAUUUCAUUUCUUCUUUUAUAUAUAUAAACAUCAAAGAAACUACGAAACCAUGUUAUUUUCUUCCCGAACCAAAAAUCAUGAUAACAAUCCGGUCUGAUCCCCCCUUACCCCUCCCCCCUGUACAUGGACUAUUAAGACCAGAGAUGUUGAUAGUCUUCUGUUCUCUAACUACAAAGCGACGUCCUGUAGUCCAGUGAGGAUUGACGUAUCGCCUGAGUUAUCAACGAAAUGGUCUCCUGAUGUGUUUGUGUUCAGUAACUUGAUGUCAUAAAAAUAAACAAAAAAAUUAUGUGUAUAAACCUUAACGCUACAGAAAGGUUGCUAAAACAGUAAUAAAAAAAAA